CGCCUCGACGCCAUAAAGCUGAGUAACGCGGGCGUUUUCCUUAUUGAGAGCAACAAGAGCUGUUGCCCUAGAUCAUCUAUUUGUGCAUUAAUCAAAUUAAAAGUGUCAGGGAACAAAUAAAUGGGUUCUCACACUUUUCCUUUGAUUGCGGCACAAGUAGAUGAUCAGGUUAGGAUGCCACCAAACAUUAACAAAUGUGAUGGCUUUGAAAGUGAAUUAGCUGGGCUCUACACAGAAGGUGGUCGUGUAGAUCUUGAUAAAGUUGCCAAUGUUGUACAAAGGUACAGCGGUACAAUAAUUCCCCUGAAAAAGCCAAAGAGUUACAGUGUUCGAGUGUGUGGGCAGGAUGACACGGUCUAUGGUGGAAAUGAGGAACAGCUAGAAGCCUGGAAAGAUUUCUACCUACCAGAAAGAAUGGAAAUGGUGGUUAUUGGUGCGAUUGAUGAUUUCCCAUGUGAUGCAUUUGGCCUGCAGUUAGUUCUCUUGUUGUGUGAAGACGGAAACAUCUAUGCUUAUGAAGAUGAAGUUCUCCACCUCGUAGCAAGAAAUGUAAAUGAACUGUUUGAAACUGGCCUUACCUUUCCUGGACUAGAAUGCUACAGACUGGGGGAAUGUUUUGAGGACUAUACAGAAGAAGAAUACAAUGAAAUCAUGGAAUCUGAUGAAAUGAAGAAAAUGAAACAGAAGCACCACAAUUUCCGCGAAACGUUAGAGCUUGAACUACUGGAACUCCUAGAGGACUCUCAAAGCACUGAAUUUAAGGAUGAAGAGAAAAGCACAGUCCAGCUUAAGAUGAAUUCAGACAUAAAAGAGUGUAAUAAGGUUGUUCCCUACAACAUGCAGAUUGUUCCUUUUUGCACAAAUUUAUCCACUUACUUUCCCAGGAGAUUUAGAGGAAGAGGGUACACCCUGGACAGGGUGCCAAUGUAUUCCCUGUUCCCUACAGACAGUACAGGUAUUUGGGAAAAACCAUUUAGCCUAAUCUACAAAUCUUUUGCUUGUGGGAGGAAACCGGAGUAUCCGGAGGAAACCCACCAAGUAUAUGGAGAAUAUGCAAACUCCAUGUACACAGACCCAGAGGCAGAAAUCAAACCCAGACCCUGGAGGUGCAAGCCAAAAGCGCCACCGUGCCGCCCUACACAAGAGGCCCAUUCAGGGCAUCUUGUUCAUUAAUUGCAGUCAAAAAUAAUGAAUACAAAAGAAAAUAUUGAAACAGUUUGUACUGUUUUUAUUGAGACCUUUAUGAUUUCUAAGAAGUAAUGUUAGGAAAAUUAAUAUAACAGUCCACAUAAUUUUUUAAGUACUAAAUGGCGAUUUGAUUAAAAACUAAAGGGCGUUCUCUGACUUUUGGACAGUACUGAAAGUAUAUGUACAGUGCAUUACAUAAAAAAUCAUUCCCACUCUUGAACUUUUCCUUUAUUUUUUUCCUCAUUUUCAUGCUGAUUUUAAAACCCCUAAAUUUGUAUGCAAUUACAGUGUCAUGUAAUAAAUAUCCCUGUUCUUGGAGGGAUCCAGAGUUUGAUAGAGGUAAUAAAUAAUUAUAACGAAGAGCUAUUAAAAAAAAGUCUAGGACAUAGUCCUGCAAGUGUAUCAAUCAGAGUUUGCUGAUUUAACAGAUAUUCCUUAUCAAUAACUAAACUAUUAUAUUUCAUGUUUUCUAAGAAACUCUGGAGUACACCUGCCCAUUAUACAAUUGUCUAAUCAGCCAAUUAUGAGGUUGCAGUAUGAAUCAAUGAAUGAAUGAUCCUGCAGAUAAAGUUCAAGUGCUUCAGGUAAAGUUCAGACAAAACAUCAGAAUGAGGAUAAAGUUUGGUCUCUGUGACUUUGAUUAUGGCAUUGUUGUUGACACCACAUGGGCUGGUUGAUUAUUUUAGAAACUGCUGAUCUUGAAUUUUAAGACAAAUAAUAAUUACUUCAGAAACUGCUGAAUCUGAAUCUUCUGAGAACUUCUUAAGUGCACAAACCAGAUCCAUGAAACACCAACUAGCCUGCCACAGCUAAAGUCAAUCCUUUAAUAUUUUAGGGGGGAAUGUAAUCAGGAUUUAGAGAACAUAUAGAGACAUUUAAUCUAGAAUAAUCUCCAAUAAAUACACAAUCUAAUAUAUAUUGAUUGAACCUGCACAUGUAUACACUUACAUUAGAGCACACUCAUAAAAUUAGUAGGCCAUAAACUUCCUUAGUAUUUGGUAGAGUUGCCCCAAAUGUUUCGGGUAUACAUCAACAAGCUUUCUACAAUAGUUUGUUGAAUUUUGGCCCAUUCUUCUUGGAACCAGUGUACUGUAACUGGGUCAGGUUUGUAGGUCUUCUUGCUCGCACUCGCCUUUUCAGUGCCGCCCACAAAUUUUCUAUAGGAUUGUGAUCAAGGCUUUGUAAUGGCCACUGCAAUACCUUGACUUUGUUGUCCUUAAGCCACUUUGUAACUAAUCUGGAGGUACAGUAUGCUUUGGGUUAUUGUCUAUUUGAAAGAUCCAUUUGCAUCCAAGCUUUAACUUCCUGGCUGAUGUCUUCAGACGUUGCUUCAAUAUAUCCACAUAAUUUUCUUUUCUCAUGAUGCAAUCUAUUUUGUGAAGUGCCUUUAUAUGCAUCCACAGGUGUGCCUCCAAUGAACUUAAAUGAAAUCAGUUAACCUGUCAGACGUUUCUUAAGCUUAGAAUGUAAUCACCUGGAGUUUUCUUUUUGUUUAAAGACACAAACUUAGUCUAUGUAUAUAUGUAAUUAAAUAAAUUAAUAAAUAGAAAUUCUCCUUUGCUCAAUUCUGACAUUUAACAAAUGCAAAAAAAUAUGUUUAGUCUGAGUUAAUGUUUGACAGUAAAGAAAAAAAAUGUCUUUUUCUGAAGUGCGUAAAUAUCUUGUUUCAACUGCAAUAGUAUAUGAUUCUAUCUUUAUUGCAGUAUAGUAGACUGUUAUGUCUAUAUAUAGCUGUACUGAGUUUCCUGUUGCAUUAAUUUAUUUGCUUACUCAAGACUUCAAACUGUGUGUAUGUGUUUUUCAGAUGUGUUAGAUAGAACAAAAGUUAUCAUUACUUUUAUAAAGGGCCACUACCAGAAUAUGAGAUGUAUUAACUCUCAAAAUAUAUAAUUUUCUGGUCAUAGAGACAAACCUAAAACAACAAUAAAAACGUGAUCGUGUG